UGAAUCAAAACACCAGUUGAUAGCUUCAGCUCCUGAAUUUUUUUUUUCAACUGGUGUAAACACAUGUUUUGCAGUGGUGAUGAAUAUGCCACAAAAUGUUUUGUUUGUUAUUGUAAAGAAAAAAUACUUUUGCAAAAUUGGGGCGAGUUAGCGAACUAGUCGGUGAUACAGCCAUUCAUGACAGCAAGCUAACUGCUAGCAAGCAAGCUCUAGCUAGCUAACGUUAGCUACCAGUGUAGCUAGUGCCAGAGUCAGAGGAUUAAUUCAAACGCUGUUGUCAAGAAAACGUGUAUCCUUUCAUAUCAUAGUAGUCAGCUAGCAAGCCAGUCAGUCAGCAAAAUGAGGAUACGUUCGUCUGUUUUUGCCUGUUUUUGUCUCAUACUGGAGGUAUUAGGCAUUGCCUUGUUUCUUAGGGGAUUUUUCCCAGUCCCUAUCAAAUCUUCUUUUUCAACGAAGAGCAAGUUGUCAGAUGUUCCGCCUGAACCCUUUACCGGAAGAUCCCUCAACUCCUCCAAAGUCCCGGACGCCCUUUUCAAGAGAGUAGUGAUAGUGUUGAUCGAUGCUCUCAGGGAGGACUUUGUGUUUGGUCCAAAUGGGAGAAAAUACAUGCCUUACAUCAGGCACUUGGUGGAGAGGGGCUCCACACACAGCUUUGUGGCCAAGGCAAGACCUCCUACAGUUACAAUGCCCAGAAUCAAGGCCCUGACCACAGGUAGUAUCCCAGGCUUCAUCGACGUGGUGAUGAACCUGAACUCCCCAGCGCUGCUGGAGGACAACCUCAUCUGGCAGGCCAAGGCAGCGGGCAAGCGGAUGGUGUUCUACGGGGACGACACCUGGGUGAAGCUUUUUCCCAAGCAUUUCAUGGAGUACGAUGGUACGACCUCUUUCUUCGUGUCCGACUACACCGAGGUUGACAACAAUGUGACGCGUCACCUGGACAGCACCCUGAAGAGAGACGACUGGGACAUUCUGAUCUUGCACUACCUGGGCCUGGACCACAUCGGCCACAUCAGUGGACCCCACAGCUCCCUCAUCCAGCCCAAACUAAUGGAGAUGGACGACAUCCUCAAGAAGAUUCAUGGCUCCCUCAUCUUAAAGGAGGCAGAGGGGGCGCUGCCCUACCUGCUGGUGCUGUGUGGGGACCACGGGAUGUCCGAGACGGGCAGCCACGGGGGCUCGUCUGAGCAUGAGGUCAAUACACCCCUGGUGCUCAUCAGCCCCGCCUUCAAGAAGAAAGUAGGGAUGGAGAAACCAUCAACAGUAGAGCAGGUGGACCUGACCCCGACCCUGGCUCUUGCUCUGGGCCUGCCCAUCUCCCAGAACAGCGUGGGCCGACUCAUCCAGCCCGUGGUUGACGAGGCCUCGCUCAGGGACCAGCUGCGCUUUCUGCACCUCAACGGCCACCAGCUGAGCUACCUGCUGAAGGACAGCAUGCCAGCCUAUGAGAAAGAGGAGGGCUAUGAGCAGUUCCGUGUGGCAGAGAAGUCCCAUGGUAACUGGGUGAAGCUGGUGGUGGAGGGCAACACAUCAGAGGUGCUGACCAACAUGGGGAAGAAGGUGUUCAAGCAGUACCUGGAGGCCCUCAGGGCCAUGAGCGAAGCCCUCAGCAAGCAGCUGGGCAAAUAUGACAUAUAUUCCAUGGUGGUGGGCAUGGUCCUUGUCUUCCAGCUCCUUCUCCUCCUGCUGCUGGCCAUGCCCGAGGCACUGAGCAGUUCCUCAGAGGUGGAUCUCCCUGUGUCCUCUGCUCUGCUCUCGCUGCCCUUCUACCUGCUGUGCCUGCUCCUCUCCUCCGUGCACGUGCUGGUGUGCACCUCGGCCGAGAGCUCCUGUUACUUCUGCAGCCUCUCCUGGGGACUGGUGUUCGGGGCAGUGGCCCUCUCCUCAGCCCUGCUCUGCAUCCUGGUAUCCAUGGCAGCCAGGAGGGGAGGAAAGCCCCCUGGGAAGUCUCCAUCCCAUGGUGGUGUCAGUGGUGGGUGGUCUCUGUCGGAGCUGGACAUUCUUCUCCUGGCGGGCACGGCUGGCCACACCCUCAGCCUGUCGGCCAGCAGCUUCGUGGAGGAGGAGCACCAGGUCUGGUACUUCCUGCUUAACACCCUCUGCCUGGUCGUCUUCCAAGACGUCUGUCGCAAGUACUUCCGGGAGCGCCGUGCCAACUUUGGGAGCUUGGAGGGCGAAGACUACCUCCUCCCCUCCAAUGAGGAGGACGCGGUUGCCUCACCGUUAGCUGAUUUGGGGGUGACGGAUGCAGGUUCGGAGAAGUGGCUGGCCUUGGCUACCCCACCGCUCACCCUGGCGUGUUGUCGUCUGCUGCGCUCGCUCAACCAGACCGGGGUGCAGUGGGCUCACCUGCCUGACCUGGGACACUGGCUCAAUAGCUUCGAACACAAGAUGGUGCUAUCCUUGUUCGCCGCCUUGUCAUUGGCUCUGAUCUACUUCCUGGUCCAGCGGAGAUGUUCCUGGGUGUCCAAGAUUGCCCUGGCCCUUGGCCUUCUGGGUGUAUACAGCUACCGGGCGGCGGUGGGCAACGUUGUGUUUCCGUGGCAACAUGGUGGUGGAAACAUGUCCAAGGGGACCGUGGAGGCACGCUUUGUGUAUGUCUUCGUCCUGGGCAUCCUCUUCACGGGCUCCAAGGACCUGUUGCGGUCCCAGGUCAUCACAGCCGAUGCCAGGCUGAAGAGCAGGGGCUUAUGGGAAAUCUACAGUGGUGUGGUUCUGUUGGUGGCCCUGUUGUUCCGAGCCCACAACCUGCCGAUGCUGUGCUGCUGUUUGCUGGUCCAGACUUUGAUGGCCCAGUUCAUCUGGAAGAAGCUCCACUACGACGCUGCACAGACCACCAUCAUGCACUACUGGUUUGGACAGGCCUUCUUCUACUUCCAGGGGAACUCCAACAGCAUUGCCACGGUUGACAUCUCGGUGGGCUUCGUGGGACUGGAGAGCUACGUAGAGGCCCCGGCUUUCUUCCUCACCACCCUCAGCACGUAUGCCGGGCCCCUGCUCUGGGCUGCCCACCUGGUUUGCUACCUCAGCUCAGAGAAGAGGAGCUCAGUGGCGGUCGGCCAUGGAUGCUACUGCUUGGCCCUUUUGCGGUCCGUGCCGGCGGCGGCCUACGUGGUGUUGGUCACGGCCCUGCGCUACCACCUCUUCAUCUGGAGCGUCUUCUCACCCAAGCUGCUGUAUGAGUCCAUGCACACACUGCUCACCGCUGCAAUUUGCCUCUUCUUCACCACCAUGGAGCAGAGCCGCAGGCCCUAGGGAGCCCACGGCUCAGAGGGCUCUCAACUUUCAGGAAGGGGUUAAGGAGAAGGGCAAAGACUCAUGGGUAAUGGUGGUCCUGAUACUGUCCUAGUUUACUUCUGGAUGCCCCACUCCUACACUCUGAAGGGGAAGGUGGGAAUGUACUGUCCACUGCACUGGACUUCUAGGAUUGCAGCAUUCACUUGGGUGGCAGGUAGCCUAAUGUUUAAGAGCGUUGGGCCAGUAACCGAAAGGUUGCUGGUUUGAAUCCCUGAGCAGACUAGCUGAAAAAUCUGUCGAUGUACCCUUCAGCAAGACACUUAACCCUAAUUGCUCCUGUAAGUGGCUCUGGAUGAGAGUGUCUGCUAAAUUAAUACAAAAAUGUUCAAAUUCACCUUUUGGUACGCAAUAUCUUUUCUCAGAUGGAACUUUGUCUCUUGUAUGGACGAAAGCACAACUUUUUUAGUAAGAUUUAGAUAUUUUAAGGUGGUGGGUUCUACUGAAGUCUGUUCAGGUAUUUAUUGAGCAGGGCUGAAAAUGGGUAAUGGAGUAAAUUUUAUAAAUUAUUUCAUUUGAAUGUGUCAAAGCACAAUCUCUUAAAUGGAUUUGUAUUCCUCCAUACACUUAUAUCAAUUAUAUAGGUUAUAUAAAUGAUAUACUGUAGAUGUGUUCCAAACUGAUAGCAAGCCAUACUUCCCUCCCACUUCCUGCCAUAGGAUACACAGGUCGUAAGCUGUUUAUUUUAAUUAAACAUUUUUAUUUAAACUUUAUUCAACUAUUUCAUACCAUAAAUUAAUAUGCAUUAUUUUAGGUGUGCGUGUGCGUGUGUGUGUGUGUGUGUGUGUGGAUAUAUAUGUGCGUAUGUAUGUAUGUAUGUAUGUAUGUAUGUAUGUAUGUAUGUAUGUAUGUAUGUAUGUAUGUAUGUAUGUAUGUAUGUAUGUAUGUAUGUAUGUGUAUAUGUAUAUAUAUAUAUAUAUAUAUAUAUAUAUGUAUAUAUAUGUGUAUAUAUAUAUAUAUAUGUAUAUAUAUAUAUAUAUAUAUGUAUAUAUAUGUGUAUAUAUAUAUAUGUAUAUAUAUAUGUAUAUAUAUAUAUACACAGUGCCUUGCGAAAGUAUUCGGCCCCCUUGAACUUUGCGACCUUUUGCCACAUUUCAGGCUUCAAACAUAAAGAUAUAAAACUGUAUCUUUUUGUGAAGAAUCAACAACAAGUGGGACACAAUCAUGAAUCACAAUCAUGCAUUUAUACGGAGACUUGAUUACACACAGGUGGAUUGCAUUUAUCAUCAUUAGUCAUUUAGGUCAACAUUGGAUCAUUUAGAGAUCCUCACUGAACUUCUGGAGAGAGUUUGUUGCACUGAAAUUAAAGGGGCUGAAUAAUUUUGCACGCCCAAUUUUUCAGUUUUUGAUUUGUUAAAAAAGUUUGAAAUAUCCAAUAAAUGUCGUUCCACUUCAUGAUUGUGUCCCACUUGUUGUUGAUUCUUCAC